UCUCGCUUUCUCUCCCAGCUUCUGGAAAAGUCAAUGAUAUGAUCACUCACCCGCUAAUAACGGUACAUUUCUACUUGAGUUCCAUUACACCAAUGAUCAACUCUACGUUUAGCCUUCUGGUGCGUAAUCAGUAGAACAGAAACACUGUUCUAGGGUUUUUUUCUCAAUCAUAAUUCCCCAUCUAUAUUUGGGGAUUGUUUGUGGUUCAAUCAAUUAGAUUAAAUAAUAGUCAUGGACGGUUAUGUCCGGUUGAAUAUGAAGAGGAAGGAACUCGAAGACGUCAAUAAUGAAUUCUCCGAUUUCUCCCUUUCGUCUCCUGCUAGAAAAACACGUCGACUGGAUGUUGAUUUAUUGCCCAUAAUAGAGGAGGAGGAAUCUGAAGUUCCGAUGUCGUUUGAGCAAUCAGUACUGGAAGAGAGGUUAGUAGGGAAUAAGGAGAGUUUGACUGUUGACGAAUUGUCGAGCAUACAGGAUAAUCAAGAGAGGCCUCUCGUGCUUUUCAAUCCUACGAACGCGCCUCUCGUGCAGUCCCCUUCAAAUUUCACGAUUUUUGUGAACCCCGACCUGAUUUCAGGGUUGAAAAGUAAGGUUUUGUGGUCUAGCCAAUCAAUCAAUUGGAAAUUAGAGAACAACGAGGAUGUGGCAGAGGAUGGGAAUUCCAGUGCAAGUAACAAGUGUCUGGCUGUUGUUCCAUGGUUGCUAUCGCAUGAUAAUUCUGCACCAGGUGUUGAGGUUUCUCAGACAGAUAAUACUGGAAUGAUCGACCCUGAAGAAGUAGGGGAGGCAACAAUGGAUAUUGAAGCUGACAAUAACAUGACUGUUGAACAUGAGUCUGGUGGAAUGAGUUUAAGUGAAGGUUUACAUCACUGGCAACAGCAGCCCUGCAUGAUUCCACAGCCUCCGCAGAACACGGCAACUCCCAUUGUUUGGUAUCGAUGAUUGGCUGAAUUACUUUGGAUCUUGUAGUUACACACGCUGUGGUUAGAUUCUUGUUAUGUGCUCGAUAUUAGCAAUGUAAAAGUACGUAAAAUUGGGUGCGUUAACUCCUUAUGUUUCGAGGACAUGGAAACUGUUCUUUGCAUAUGAUCCUAGAUUCCAAUUUGUGAUCCUUUUAAAAGGAGAGAUUCGUGAAGUGUUUUGCCAUGUCAAGAACUUAUGCUACAUAAUAUUUUAUCAAAUUUAUUCUCCCUUUUCACCCUAUGUA